AUGUCGUCUUUACGAAACCGCUUGGCUCCACCUAGAAUGCGUGAGAGAAAUCAAACUAAUGAGUGUAUCCCUCACACCAGCAUUAACUCGGAUCAAUACAUUGUUCAUCUUCUUCGGGAAGAAGAGAUGAUUGAGGCUAUCCAAAUCGUCAAUCCCGAGGACGGUGAAGAAUUGAGUAAGAAUCUGGAUGAGUGUCUGCAAAGCCCAUGGCACUACCUCGACAAAUCAAACACCAUACCUGAUGAGGAAAGACUGGAGUCUUUUCGCAAGAUCAGAAAAGAGACAGAAGAAGCCAGAAGACUUGAAGACGCCGGCGAACUCUCUGAAAAGGCCGUCUACGAACAUGAAGGUUGUAAGAAAGCAUCACCACGCCGCCGCCUCAGAAAAAAUUCUUGCGUCGAAGACAAGACCAACGAGAACAACACCAUCAUCGCUCCAGUCAAGAAGAGACGAAUCAAACGACCUCCAAGUCACAAUGGCGAAUUCACUUGGUCUCGAAAAGUCUACCAUAUCAAACAACAAUACAAGUACGAUGANAAAGACAAGGAAAUUGCUGCAGGCAAGAGUUUCCACGACUUUGCCAGAUUCGGUAUAUUUCAGACUCCCGAGCAUCAAUUCACCUACUACAACAGGACGAGAAAACAGGACUCCUUGCGUCGUCUUCCUGACAAUCUUGCUUACCGACCUUUGGAUGCUGCGAGGAUCUUUGCUGACAAUUCGGAUAACUAUCUCUGGAAGAUGGCUGCGAAGAGGAUUCGGAUCAUUGUUACACAACAUUGA